GGAAAUAGCGCUUCAAUAUGUAUCAUUUAACAUUCUCUAUAGUGCUCAUUGGAUUAUGGUUUUUGACGGGUUCUGCUGAACGUGUUGCUGUUGUUCAGGUUUUUAGACAUGGUCAACGCACGCCAGUGAACUUUUACCCUAAUGAUCCGUAUAAGGACUCUGAAGUAUGGAAUGGAAAGAGUCUUGGAGAAUUAACAAACACUGGAAAAUCUCAACAUUUGGAUUUAGGAAAGUUCACAAGAAACCUAUACUCUGAUUUUCUCUCAGAAAAAUAUAAUCGUACUGAGUUUCGUAUAGAAACCACUGAUGUUGAUAGAACGCAUAUGUCUGCUCAAGUUAAUGUCUAUGGAAUAUUUCCUGCCUCAGGUGACGAAGUAUGGCAUUCUAGCUUAAAUUGGCAACCCAUUCCUAUUCAUCCAUCUGAUGCGUCCAUCUGGAGCAGUACAUAUUAUCCACUAACCUGCGAUAUUUUUCUCAAACUGUUUACGGAAGUCCUCAAUAGUGAUGUUUAUCAAAAUAUUAAUAAGGAAUAUGCUUCUACGUUUGAAAUUUUAUCCUCAAAUUCCGGUGAAAAAGUUACUGAUAUUGUAGGUGUUAUGAACAUUUGGGAUCCAUUGAAAUCGGAAGAUUCUCUUGGUUUGUCUCUACCUGAAUGGACGAAAGACGUUUAUCCGGAACCCUUACGCACUUUAACCGGAUAUGCUUUCGCAUCAAGCACUUACACGACACAAAUGAAAAGAAUUGUGAUGGGACCUUUUUUCAAUGAUUUAGUGGAGUAUUUUGAAUCUAUGGUGAAAGAUCCUACAUCUUCUCCCAAAUUGAAAUUAUAUAGUGGUCACGACACUAACGUUGCUGCUCUUCUUAACACGCUUGGAGCUUUCGACCCUCCUUAUCCUCCAGCAUUCGCCAGCAGCAUUUACUUCGAAUUGGACAGAGAAGGUGCAGAAUAUUAUGUAAAAGUAUUUAGUAAAGAUGGUGAUGACUUCAAACAAAUUACAAUUCAGGGAUGUCAUUUGAAUUGCAGUUUUUCUGAUUUUAAAUCGAAACUUGAUGACGUUAUUGUAGAUGUCGCUACUAGAGAUAAGGAGUGCUUGGAAGGUGCUGUCUUCUUGGGAGACUCCACGAAUUAUAACAAUCAAUACGUCACAGAUCUCAUAAAAAGGCUACGAAGUUUGAGAACUUGAGCAGUUUGUUAUUAUUCAUAGAAACAAUUGAAACUGUAUUUUUUUUUUCAAAUGUAUUCGUAUUAUUCAUGUGAAUGAGUUGUUAAUAAAUAUAUUAAAUUCAAGUUACAUUCACACAUGUUGUUGGUGUGUA